AUGGCUGAAGAGGAACACACUUUUGAAACAGCCGGUGCUGGUGCUUCUUUGACUUAUCCUAUGCAAUGUUCAGCAUUGAGAAAGAAUGGAUUUGUUGUUAUUAAAGGUAGACCAUGUAAGAUUGUCGAUAUGUCUACUUCCAAGACCGGUAAGCAUGGUCAUGCGAAGGUUCAUUUGGUUGCGAUUGAUAUUUUUACUGGUAAAAAGUUGGAAGAUUUGUCGCCAUCCACGCACAAUAUGGAGGUUCCAGUUGUGAAGAGAACUGAGUAUCAGUUGUUGGACAUUGAUGAUGGGUUUUUGUCGUUGAUGACUAUGGAUGGGGAGACUAAGGAUGAUGUUAGGGCACCCGAGGGGGAGUUGGGAGAGACUAUGCAGUCUGCUUUUGAUGAGGGUAAGGAUUUGAUGGUUACUGUCAUUACUUCUAUGGGAGAGGAGGCUGCGAUUUCUUUCAAGGAAGCUCCUAGAUCUGAUUGA